UUACUCAGCGGUCGUUAUGACCUCCCGGUUACGUGCGUUGGGUGGAAGAAUUAAUAAUAUACGAACCUCUGAGUUACCCAAAGAGAAAACUCGAUCUGAGGUCAUCUGCAGCAUACGCUUUUUAGAUGGCUUGGUACAGACCUUUAAAGUUAAUAAACAAGAUUUGGGCCAGUCCCUUCUGGAUCUGGCAUACGGUCACCUGGGCGUAACGGAGAAGGAGUACUUUGGCUUGCAACAUGGAGAUGACCCAGUGGACUCCCCUAGAUGGCUUGAGGCAAACAAACCCCUGAGGAAGCAGCUGAAAGGAGGUUUCCCCUGUACCCUGCAUUUUCGAGUAAGAUAUUUUAUACCUGAUCCCAACACACUGCAGCAGGAGCAAACCAGGCACUUGUAUUUCUUACAACUGAAGAUGGAUGUUUGUGAAGGAAGGUUAACCUGCCCUCUCAACUCAGCGGUGGUUCUAGCGUCCUAUGCAGUACAAUCUCAUUUUGGAGACUUUAAUUCUUCCAUACAUCAUCCAGGCUAUCUUGCCGACAGCCAGUUCAUACCCGAUCAAAAUGAUGACUUUUUAAGCAAGGUGGAGUCGCUCCAUAAACAGCACAGUGGGCUAAAGCAGUCAGAAGCCGAAUCUUGCUACAUCAACAUAGCUCGGACCCUUGACUUCUACGGAGUGGAGCUUCAUGGAGGCAGG